AUGUCUGGAGUUUACAGAGAGUCGACCCGCUUCUACCGGGACCGAGCCGGCUCCUCUUCGUCUGAUGAAGGCGGAUACAAGACUACUACCGUCCGCCGUUACAAAGUGGCUCCGAAAGGCGUCGAGAGAGUCGAGAGGAUCGAGCGCGAGCGAGUCGAGAUCGAGGAAGAUGAUCGCCGAUCCCGAUACUCGGGCUACCCGCUGCGCACCUCGGGCGAAUACCCCUUUGCCCCGGAACGUCCGCGCUCCGCCUUCGAUUCCCGGAGCCAGGUGAUUGAGCGUGAGCGCGAGGUCGACCCCUACAGAUCCGAAUCCCGUAGCAUCUUUUACGAAAAGGACUACGAACGUGAACGCGGCCGCUUCGACGAAUCCCGCAGCGUUGUCGAAAUUGAGCGCGACCGCGACUGGGACCGCCGCUCGAGAGGCCCCUGGGACCAUCACCACCACCAUCACCAUGACGACACCGAAGUUAUAGUCGACAAGCGCAUAGAGCGUCGUGAGGACGGCGACGUCAAGAUUGAGAAGCGCAUCGAGGAGCACCGGGACGACUAUGGCGGAGCAGAAGUCGAGAAGUACCGUAAGGAGACUGAAUAUUACUCUCCCAUCAGCCCCCCGCCCAUUCCCCAGCCUGUCAUCAUCCGGCAACAAGCACCCGAGCCCCAGAAGAUCAUUGUCCAGGAGGCCCCUCCCCCAGCUCCCAUUAUUGUUCCUCGCCAGGAACCUGGCAUCGUUGUCCUGAGAGAGCGCGAACAACCCCGUGAAGUUGUCCGCCGCGAGCCCCGUGAGGAUGAGUUCUAUUACCGUCGUGAGACGAAGGCCGUCGGACCCCACCGUCGGGAUGAGCGUGAGUAUUACUACGACCGCCGAGGACGUGGCCGCGAUUACGUCAGUGAUGAUGAGGACUAUCAUUACAAGAGAACUGUCAUUCGACGUGAGAGAAGCAAUAGCUCUGAUCACCACCACAAGCGCCAUCUCGCGGAGGGUGCCCUUGCUGGAGCUGGUAUUGCCGCCCUUGCCGCAAGCAGGAGGGACAGCAACGGUGAGCUCCCCAGCAACCGAGGAAGCAAAGUUCUCGCUGGCGCCGCACUCGGAGGUCUGGGCACUGAGAUCAUCCGGCGCGCGCGCAGCGCAUACGAAGAGAACUACCGGGAUGACUACUAUGAUGAUCGUCGCUCGCGAUCGAGAUCCCACAGUCGCAGUUCUAGAAUCAAGACUGGUCUUGGCAUCGCCGCGGCUGCGCUCGCAGUUGCUGGUGCUGCCAAGUACUACCAGAGUAACAAGAUCGAGAAGGAAGAGAUGAGCCGUGGCCGUGCAAGAAACAGGGGCUACUCCGCGUCCAGCUACUCCUCUCACUCUCGCAGCCGCAGCCGUAGCCGCAAGAGCAAGAGCCGCAGUCGGUCUGUGGCUAAGGCUGCAGCUGCAACCGCUGCCGCCGCCGGUCUGGUGAAGCACUUCCGCAACAAGUCCAAGUCCAAGUCACGAAGCCGGUCGCGAUCCAAGUCACGACUCAGGACCGGAGCAGAAAUCGCAGCUGCCGGAAUAGCCGGUGGCGUCGCCAGCAAAAUCUACAAGAACCGCAAGGAGAAGAAAGACCGCGAACUAGACCGCGAGCUGAGUGAUGAAGAGUAUGAGGAGGAACUUCGGCGGGAGCGGCGAGCACGUCGUCGGUCUCGCAGCAGGUCCCAGGCCCGUUCUCUAUAUUCCGAGCCGCGCAGCGCUGAUCCCGAGCUAGGCUUAGUUGAGUACGGAACUGCACCGCUGCCGUCCGAGCCGCCAUACCCGCCAGAUGACGGGUACGAGUCUGCAGCGAGAGAGAGGCGACGCCGGAGACACCGGGAUGAAUACGACGAGCCCGAGCCGGCGACCAAGCGGAGUAAGAGUAGACUGAGGGACAUGGCGGCGGCUGCCGUGGGAACAGGAGCCGCUGCUAUCGGAAUCAAGCAGUACCAGAAGAAGAAGGAGAAGGAAGAGGACGAUCGCAGGUCAAGGGAGAGAGAUGCAAGACCCCGCUCCCGUGACAGAUCGAUUUCGCGUGACAGAGAAUACAAGUCGUCACGAGACCGAGCUUCCCGAGACCGUGCUUACAGUAGGGACCGCGACCGCAGACGCGGAGACUCCCGAGGCCGAUAUGAAGACGAUGUUCGACCGGAAGGUUACUAUGACGACUACAACCGUCCGCCAUCUCCGCCACACGCAUCCGGCGGCGCGUACUAUCCGCCCCCGCCGGCCGGCGCCGCGGGCUUCACUCAGCACCCGAACAUCUCGACUGCCAACCUCCGGGAUCAGUACCCGCCGUAUCCCCAAGACUACCCGCCGGGACCGCCACCGAUGGGCCCGUCUCCACCGAUGGCCACAGGCGGCGCCGGUGGAUAUCCCCCGCCCCCGCCUGCGGGAGGUCCUCCCCCGGCAGGCGGCCCGCCGCCGGGGACAAGGUUCGGCCCUGACCAUGUGAGUGAAGACAUAUCUCGUAGCGCCUCACCACAAGAUGCCCAGCGAGCCUCCCUGGGUCCUGAGGAUGGUCUAAAAUGGCGACAACGUGUCAAGCAGUUCCUGCCGCCUGAAUCACAGUCCAAUACUCGCUCUCAGUCACAACCACCCACGCGGUCUCGAUCGCCGUCUCUUUCUUCGGCUUCUAGCGUAGGCGUGGAUAGACGACCACAACCGCCACACUCUGCCACGAAAUCUGUCACAUUUAUCCCGUUGUCCCCCAAAUCGUCGCAAACUCUGCAUAGGCAUCAUCAAGAACAGGAGCAACAUGCAGCGGAAGAGGUAGAGGAGGACAAUGAGCCACCUGUUCUGAGCGAAGAGCAGCUGGCAACUCUUCGGCCCGUCCUCAACCGCCGACGCUCAUCGUCAGAUCCCUCCAUGAACCGACCGCUCACCCGUCGCAGACGUGGAAUAGAAUCUCCUUCUGACUCGGAUGGUGAGGUCGAAGUGCUUCCCGACCGUUUCGACGCCCAAGGGCGGCCUCUGGACAGCAGUGGUGCAUUAAGAUGGCGUCAGGGCAACUUUGACUUUCGACCUCGGGUGGGUAACGGCUGGCACUCGAGCGGAUCGUGGGCCGUGGGCGGCACGGACGACGCCGUCGUUCAGCGGCUCGCAACUGACAUUGAAGGUAUGAUUAGCGGACACGUCAGCUGGAAGCACCUAUUGAAGGACGUAGUUGGCGUGGUGCAAGAGGUGCAGCACACGGGGGGACAGGGGAGGAUAGACGACGGAGACGACGAUGACGAUGAUCAUUAUAGUCGGCGACGAAGGAGAAGAAGACGAAGCGGAUGA